GUAAUACAACAUCCUAUCACCCGUGUGCAACCAAAUCUCUACCCAUAUUAUAGGCCUAGACAAAAAGAAAUAACACCCUCUUUUACACUUAUGGAAUAAAACCCCAUAAAAGUAAGAUGAUAUGAGAUUUAUGGAUGUUGAAGAUGACACAAUUAUAUAACAAGUAUACUUUAAUUUAUAAGCAUAUUCAAAACAAUAAAAGAAACAAAAUUGAUCUAUCACAGGACAACUUAGGAUUAAAACAAGCAAACUUAGUGAAAGAAAGACGAGUCUUUAUAGAAUAAGUCCAAUCUAAGAAAUAAAUAGGCACAACAUUUCACAAAUCUACGAGAGAACAAUCACCAAAAAACUUCUCAUCUAUACGCCAAUUUUUGUACUAAUUUUAACUCUCUUACCAACAAACAUAUCUAUUAAUAUUGGACUCCCCUAAUUAUAUAUGAUGAUGUCGUUAGCAAUUCAUCAGGUCAUCCGAUUGUUGGAAGCAGUGGACCGCUUGAUGGAAUAGAUAGACCAUUGGUGGAAGUAAUAGACCAAUUUUUUGGAAAGUGAUAAACCUUUCAGUGGAAAACAUAAACCGUUUUCUCCAAUUUACGAUGAGCUAAAAAUCACCGUAGCAAAGUCCUAUUUUGUAAUUAUCAUUUUAUAACACACUGUUAGGCAAUAGUAAAAAAAAAAAAGUUUAAUCCGCUCCCCCGCGAUGGUUAUGUACCAGCUUCAAUCCGCUUUACCCAUAUGCAUCCCCUUGCAAGGUUCCAACCGUGUCCCAAUUUGUACCAGAAUGCGUACCAAAGUGCAGCAUACAUUGUAACCUGCAACACUCUCAACGACAAGGAAGAAAAAGAAAGGUCAGAAAAAUAUCAUAGCAAAAGUAUCUCAUCAGGCCAUGCGAUGAAAAGAAAGAAACGAGUGGAUGGAGAAGAUGAAGGUUGGUUUUUUUCUGGCAAGAGGAGCAAUUUGCAAACCGCGUUCUGCUUCUACUAGUCGAUUAAAGAGAAAGUCGGCCUUGUUCUGUUUAGAAUUGACAUAUCAAGGCAACAAAUGAACCAAGUAGCAGAGGAAAUAUCUUCAUGGCAGUUUCUGCAGGGCCUGCCAUGAUUAUUAGGUUCGCCUAGCAGCCAAAGAAAGAGUCAAGUCACCUAUAGGCUAAAUCCUCAGUUCAACCGGAUUAAUAAAUGCAGCUUUGAGUCAGGUUAUUCAUCUCAAGCCAUGGUGAAUGAACGAAUGCAUGGAUGAAUGACAUACUUUACUUUUACCAGAUAGGGAAGUCGGAUUCUUGGUUGAUAACUAACAAGAAACCACUACCCAAGCCAUGGAUGAUGAAAAAACCACACAAUUGAAGCAACAUAAUCUCUGUCCACCGUAAAACGUGUCUUUCAGAGAGCCCCACUGUGUCAAGUCCCACAGAAAAUGGCCUGUGGGAUUGAGCUAUCAAUUUAUGACAUUAAAUGUCACCAAUGUUGCAUCUAAAUCAAUAUGGUCCCAUGUGUUCUUCAGAAGUUUCAUCCAUGUUUCCCAGCCUCAGGACCGGCUUCCAGUAUAUACUUCCCCAUCACCCUCUCCCAAAUCUCAUCUCAUCAAAUACAGAGAAAGCAAAGAAACCCAAAUUAAGAUCGCGUACCUUUGGAUUCACAGAUAUUGAAUCUUAACCGCCAUGUUUAACAGGGAUGAAAGCCUCCGAAGCUUGAUGAUGCUCAAGCUUUUCACAAGAAAACUGCAAAGGGGUCUCUUGGUGAUGGGAUCCAGAGGAGGGCAGAGGCUGAAAAGCAUUCCUGAGCUCGACGAAGAAGACAAAGAUGCUGGGAAAUUGCCUCCCAACGAUGUGAAGAAAGGGCAGUUUGCCGUGACUGCAACCAAAGGUGGGAAAACAACUAGGUUUGUUGUGGAGUUGGAUGACUUGAAUGAUCCAGAGUUUCUUGAAUUGCUGGAACAGGCUGAGGAUGAAUUUGGUUUCGGCCAGGAAGGUGUUCUUGCAGUGCCUUGUCAUCCUGAGGAGCUUCAGAGGGUUCUACAUGGAGGGAAAGUGAGAAGAGCAAGUACAGAAUGGUAGAAGAUAUAAGUAAUAAUAAUAAAGAUAUAUAUAUUACUGCAUUGUAUGAGAAGAUUUGCCAGCUUUCUUGUCUGAACAGCAGUUUAUCCCAGACAAUUUUGGUUGGUUUCUUGUUGCUGAGAGAUACUAACCAUUCUAACUAGUUUCCAUUUGGUUAUAAUGCUUGGAUGACUUGUAGAACUUCAUUUACGGCCAAAUGUUCAGGACAUCAUGUACCAAGUAGUAAAAAUAUAAUAACAUUUCAGUUGCGCAUUUCCAGCUCUUUUGCAGAGACUCAGCCACAAGCAGCUUUGGUUUUGCACAGUACCACAGCGUUAAUAGUUUUGAGCCCAUAAAUAGCAACAAUGAAUAUAGCUGAAGCAGGACCAGCAAUUUCAGUUAUCAUUGCAUUAUCCUCCAUAUUACAAACACACAAAAUCAGGAGACGAAGGAAGAUCUAAAUUUAUAAUAACCUGCGCCCUUUCUC